ACUACUCACGAUCAGUCAAUAGUCGAUCGCGGCGCGAACCGGUCACGCAGCAUUUUGAGGCUAUUUAACUGCCGUUCUCUUUUUGAAUUUAAUCAGUUCCUCUAAAAUGUAUCAAGAUGAAAUCUAAACUGCUUUUUAAAUCGAAAAUUGAAUUUUUCGCCUUGUUCUUCGAACCUAAUCAUCCUAAACGUUUUUUUAAGUACAGUUGACCACAAAGCCGGCUGUGCUGGGUUUGGAGCUUCAGUUCGGACAUUUAUAAAACGGUUAGAUACAGUUUCAGUACGUAAGUUUUAUAUUCAAAAAUGACUCGUUUAUCUGUUGAAAUAUGAUUACUUGUUUUUUAACAUUUUAAGUGUGUUUUGCUCUGUUGAACGUAUUUAAAAGUAAAAUUUUGUAAAACGUAAACGAAAUUAUUUGUCAUAAACGCUUUUUGAAAAUCGCCAAUUCUUAAAAUUAAGAAUCUAUGAAGAUGGAUAGGCCGAAGUACCCUCGGAUUCACUCUUAUGGCAGCAUGAGUUCAGCGAGAAGUGAUGACGACAUGACAGUUCACAGCCAAUUAUUCCCAUAUCCGAAAAAAAUGAUAGUUGAGAGGGAAAUCCUGUAUGAAGAAGAACAUCCACCAUUUCAACCAUUACUCGCUACUAGCAAAAUCUUCGGAAAAUCUAGAUUUACAUGUCUUUUGGUCAUGUAUAUAGUUUUUUAUAUCGCGUAUCUUCUAUCUGGUGCACUGGUAUUCUCGGCCCUGGAGACACCCUUGGAAAACCAGGUCUUACUGGACGUGAUUCGCGCGAAACAAGAAUUUACUACAAAAUAUCCCACUGUUAUUGUUGAUGAUUUGGAGACAUUGCUGGAUGAAGUGGUACGAGCUAGUAACCGUGGAGUGUCAGCUUCCCGAAACGUGACCGGUGGACCUAACUGGAGCUUUGGACAGUCGCUGUUUUUUUCUUCUACCGUGGUUACAACAAUCGGAUACGGCCAUGUAACACCUCUGUCGAAGCCAGGCAAGAUGUUUUGCAUGGUAUACGCCCUUAUCGGUAUACCGUUAACGUUGGUUUUACUGUCCGCGCUGGUGGAGCGUCUGCUGUUACCAGCGACAGCGCUGCUUAGGUGUCUCAACGCUGCUCUCGGACAUCUUUACCGUCCAUUUACAAUCAGAUUGGUGCAUCUUGCUAUUAUAGUAAUGAUCCUCGUAGUCUUCUUCCUAUUGAUACCGGCUGCGGUGUUCGACUCGCUCGAACCGGAUUGGGAUUACUUGGACUCAUUCUACUAUUGCUUCAUUUCGCUCACCACCAUCGGUCUUGGGGACUACAUUCCCGGGGAUUACCCGUACCAAGCCUACCGCCCUCUAUAUAAAGUUGCUGCUACUUUCUACCUAAUUGUUGGUCUGACCUUCCUAAUGUUAACGCUGACUGUAUUCUACGAUAUACCGCAAUUGAAUCUCAGCACUGUAUUUUCUUCAAUGAAACUCGACGAAGAUCCAGAGAAGAUGCGCUUGAGUGGUUCAGGUGUAAUGGGCCCUGGGUACGGUGUCGGGGGUUUGAUGAUGAGAGAUGACUAUCACCACCAUGACCAGAGGCGCUCUGUCGUCCACAUUAGACCUCAUUUGGAUGAUAGCCCAAGCCCUGAGGACACUACUCCUGUUCACGCAAGGGAUAUUCGAGUACAUUAAAAAACACGAUUCACUUUAAAAGAUGACUGGGUAAAAAAAAUGUCCCUAUAAUAAUAUUAACCGAUUAUGAUUACCACGUUUUAACAGAGUGAUACACACUUAUGACUUUAUUUCAACAACUAUUGAUGUCAUAUAACUGUAGUGUUAAAAUAUAAUUUAGCUGAAUUAGAUUUCUUUGUAAUGUCAGUGUGUAAUAAAUGUUUAACGAUAAAUUUGUAACGUAGUUCGAAAGUUAAAAAUAUGUGAUUGUUUGUUCUUUCAUAAAAUAUAAAUAUCAGUAGAUUUUUAAGUUUAUAUAGUUAGUUCAAAAUUAUUAAAAGCGCGAACAUUUUCUCCCUACAACUUUCUUAUGUUUAAUUGUAAUUAUAAUACUAUUAAAUUUAAAAAAAAAUAAAUAGAUUAUUGCUAUUUCGGCAGCCGUCCUUAAAUUUUUUGGAAACCUAUAAUUUUGUAUCGAACCCAUAAAAUUAUAAACUUUCUAAUAAUGAAAUCGAACUUAGUUCGUUAGUAAAAGACUGAGGAGGUUUUUAAAUUUUCUCACUUUUCUAUUUCGAAGUGGAUUUUCUAAAAAUUUUGUCGAAACGACGAAUUUCAUAGAAUGACAUAAAUACAGACUGAAAAACAAAUACUAAGUCUGUCCUGUAUACAGCUUAAAAGUAUUCCAAUCGGCGGCAUAUCGAACCCAUCAUUAGAAUAAAUUAUACAAAUAUUUUUAUAACCAUAAUUUCCAUCGUUAGAAAAAUAGUUCCAUCGUUUUCAGCCAAAGCAAGAUACAUUUCACAAAAAUAAAUUAUUUUAAUUAUGUAUUUUUGACGUAAGUAUUUACUCGUAACAAGGCAAAUAACAUGACGAGAACUUUUUAUUUAUCCAAUUUAAAAAUAUCUCAUUUAUUAAUACUUAUAAAAUAAUAGCUUAAAAUAUUUUAUAUAGUUUUGUUAACAAUCAUUUUAAGGAAUGAAUUAAAGACAAAAAUAUAAUUUGUUUUAAGAAUACAACAGUAAAUAAGUAGUAAUAACUAACAACUCGUUUUUGUAGAAAUUUUGUAAUACAAUCAAAUAUUAUCAUACGGUGGCUGUGACGAUAAAAGUAUAUUUAAUUAUAUUUCGUUUCUUUUUUCAUCUUUUUUUUUAAUUUAAAAUUCAUACGUUUAAUUGCAAUCGAUGAUAUUAUAAGCUUUUUCUGAAGGUAACAUUGAAAUUGUAAAUUUGUUAUAACACUGACCUCUAAUUGUAUAGUCUAAAACUAAAAUACUUGUAAAACAAUCACAUAUUCAUCCUAUCGAUUAAAUGACAUCAUUAUUUAGUGUAUUUGUAUAAUAUUAUUAAUUUAAAUAUAGAUACCUACACUAUGAUCUAGAAUAAUUGCGAGAUCAUGUAAAGCAAAACCGCGAAAUUGUCUGAAAAGCUACAACUAUACCUAUACAAAACGGACUACUACAAACUAACUAUCGAUUGCUGCUGCUCUUUAGUACUUACUAGAGUAUAUAAAUUUUGCAGCAGCUUGAUUGAUGAAAUGUUUCUGUAGCGUUACAUACUAUUUAUAUUUUGUAACGGUAACUUCAGCUUAAUUUGAAAGCGCAAAUGUACAUUUUCUCUCUUUUAUUCUUAAAUUGUGAUUAUAAUACAUCUUAUUGAAGAUUCACCUUAUGUCAGAUUAAGAAAUAUUAAAAUGAUUUCUGAAAUCGCGUGCUUGUUUAUUCUGAUGUAAUUGUUAUAGGAUUCUAAUUAUCACAUCAAAUGUUCGCGUUAGUAUCUAGCAAUAAUUUACAGGGAAUAACAACUUCAAAAUAUGCAUAUAAAAAUAUAUAAAUUUACACAAAUAACUAAAUAUGAAAUGAAGAUGUAUUUAUCUGAAUGUGUUGAAUUAUGUAGUUAAGUGACGCAAACUACUAUUUAUAUAUAAAAAAUGUUUUAAAUAUAGACAACAAAGAUACUAUUUAUAAUAUAGACUAGACACUAGUAUACAAAUAUAUGAUUAUAGUUAAAAUAUAGCGCCUUGAUUGGUACGUCGCAUAGUUUAAAACAUAAAUUGUAUUUGAUGCAAAAUCUUAAAUAAAUGAAAUGAAAAUAA